UGAGUUGGUGGAUGAACACAGGUCCCAGCUCAUUCAGAGGGUCACCAUGGUGAUGCCUAUAGCUGAUGAGCUGCUCGCUGAAGGCAUGAUUCAUAAAGAGAUGUACUCCAACAUCAGUGCUGCCAGGACUAAUCAGGACAAAAUGAGGGAGCUCUUUAAAGCCCUCCACUCUGGAGGAAACAAAGUGAAAUCUGCCUUUCUCUCCACACUGAGGGAGAAUGAACCUAAUCUGGUCCAGGAUUUGGAAUUCCACAUCAAACAAGGAGAUCAACAAGCGGACAAAAGCACAGCAACCCUAAAGUACAAGGAAUUCAUCAGAGGUGAAUAUGCCACAGUGCAGGAGUACAACUCUCUCCCUGGAGAACAUGUGAAGCUAGAUGAUCGCUACACUGAGCCCCUGAUCAUCCAGAAACACCGUCAGCAGAGAGAGAGAGAGGAGGAGAUCCGCUCCAGAGGACAGAACUUUCAUCAAGUCAUGGACCAGAGGGACAGCGAGGCCUACAAGAGUACCAAAGUGGAGCGGCUGUUUGAUCCAGACGAGCACGGAGACAUUCAGAGAACAGUGAUACUGCAGGGCCACUCUGGAACUGGCAAGUCAUUUACCAGUCAGAAGAUCAUGUCUGACUGGGCCUUUGGAAGACUUUACGAAGACCGAUUUGACUUUGUUUUUCACCUGAGGUGCAAAGAACUGAACCAGGCCACUGAGAAAAGUCUGAUGGAUCUGCUUAACUACGAUCAGAGUUCAUCAUCAAUGAUCAAGCAGGUCCUUCACCAGUCUCCUGAGAGGGUUCUAUUCCUGGUAGACGGCUUUGAUGAGCUCAAAUUCUCACUUGAUGUACCUAAAGACUCCCUUCCCAGGGACCCGUGGACACAAUGCUCCCCGAUGACACUGAGUGGCCUGAUAUGGAAACAUAUCUUACCCGAGUCCUUUCUGCUUGUCACCACCAGAUCCACAGCGUUGGACAAACUAAAAGAAGUGGUCAAACAUCCAGUGAGAUACGCUGAGAUAUUGGGCUUUUCGGAAGAAGGCGUGAAGGUCUACUUUGAGAAGUUCUUCAAACAGAAGAAACACUCACAUCAAGCCUAUGACUUUGUGAAAAAUGAAACCCUUUUCACCGCAUGUUUCAUUCCAGUCAUCUGCUGGAUCAUUUGCACAGUUUAUAGGGAGCAGUUUGAUGAAGGCACAGAGAUGAUACAAUCACUGGAGACCACCACCUCCAUCUUUGUUGAAUUUGUUGACACUCUGUUGAAGCACCACUGUCAGGAUUUAGGUCAGUCAGCUCUUACUAUCCUCCAAGGACUAGGCAAGCUGGCAGAACAGGGAAUGGAAGAGCAGCAGGUGUCAUUUGACCAUGAUAGUGUGUCACAGACAGUGUCAGAUCCUUCCAAAGUCCCCUUCUUGUGUAAGUUUCUCCAAAAGAAAAGAGUAAGUCAGACCACUAUGUACAGCUUCAUGCACCUCAGCUUCCAGGAGUUUUUCACAGCCCUCUCAUACAUGUCACUGGGUGAUGAGGAAGCUCAGGAGAAAGUGAGAGAGCUACUUUCCAAGGUUCGACGUGGAAAAGAAAACAGUCACCUGCUACCCAUAGUUCAAUUUCUCUUCGGCAUCGCAAACAAGGAAGUUGCAAAACGACUGGAGGAAAAACACAUCUCUUGUUCUCAAGGAAUUUGGACCCAGCUCAAACAUUUUAUUCUGGAAGUCAUUGAAAAAGGAAAGGAGGAUCGAAUCGUUAGACGUACAAUGCAGCUUUUCACAUUUCAUUGUCUAUAUGAGCUCCAUGCAGAUGAUUUUGUUAAAGAAGCCAUGGAAACAUACACAGAUAUUCAUCUGACCGGGACUCCCAUGACAAACACAGACUGUUGGGUGUUGAGGUAUUGUCUUCAGCACUGCAAGUCCAUUGAAAGUCUUGGUCUGAGUGGGUGCAACUUAACUGCAGAGAACAUGAAAAUGCUUUCACCAGGGUUGAGAAAAUGUAAAGAUCUUGUGUUGCAGGUGGACGACCUAGCCGAUGAUGAUUUAGAUGGUCUGUUGACAGCGCUGGGAGAAGGAAAGAGUUUGGAGCUGGAUCUGCAUAAGACCAACUUCUCUGAUGAGAAAGUACAGGACUUGCUUGUUUGUCUCACUAAACACAAAACCAGAAAAGUUCAAAUUGGAGUGAAGUCCAUCACCAGCAAUACAGCUGACAAAUUCAUGUCCCUCAUCAAUAAGGCACAUGGAGUCUUGGAAAGCAUAGAGCUUCAUAGUUGUGGGAAUGUUGCAUUGAGUGUCCAGCUACAGAAAGAUGGAGUGAGAACUCCCCAAACUCAUCUUAGGUUGAAAGUGUCAGAACUACGAAUGAUCUGUGUCUUCAUCCGAGCAUCUGGCUACAGUUUGAGUGAUGUAGAGUUGACUGUGUGCCGUGUGGCAGACCUAUCAGACACUGACGUGGAUGACCUGCUUGCAAUCAUCCACCCUGUAGAUAAAUUAAGGUUUACUAUUGAACACAACGAUUUAAAUGAUUGCGAUAGUUGGAGUGAUGUUCUACAGUUCCAGUCAGCAGUCGGAAGCAUUGAAUUAACCCUAUCUGGCAAUCCUGUAUUUGACUUGAGAAGCUUCUUUCAGCUAUUUCCCACUCAACAUCCAGAGUGGGAUGAGCAUGUUGAUGAACUGAUCUCGCUGCUUCACCAUGACACCUCUCUGGAGGAAAUAACUCUGAUGGUGAGCAGCAUGACAGAGAGGUGUGCUACCAGUGUAGUCCGUCUCAGCCAGGCCUGUCCAAACCUAAGGACGAUAUCCGUUAAUGUAAUCGGUUUCUUAUUGGAGGAAGGAAUACAAUGCUUACGUGAAUCAAAGACGCGCCCAGACUGCACGUUAGUCGUCACAGGCACAUUGGAGAAGGACCGAGGGGGAAAACCUCAGAUCUAUUUGUAUGUGCUUCGAGAAUGAGAUGAGAGAUGAGAUGAGGACGUGACGAGGACGACACGAGGAUGUGACGAGGACGACACGAGGAUGUGACGAGGACGACACGAGGAUGUGACGAGGACGACACGAGGAUGUGACGAGGACGACACGAGGAUGUGACGAGGACGACACGAGGAUGUGACAAGGACGACACGAGGAUGUGACGAGGACGACACGAGGAUGUGACGAGGACGACACGAGGAUGUGACGAGGACGACACGAGGAUGUGACGAGGACUGAUGGUUUGGUUAGCUAAACUAGCAAGUCUGUUUGGUUACCACGGCAACUACUUUAGCAAUCUAGUGAACUUGCAAGCUACUGUACUUCAGUGGAUGAUGAACACAUUUUUACCAGCAAAUGAACAAAUGUCUAGCGGAAAAUGUGUUCAAUUAUAGCUGUGGGAUAAUCGAUAAAAGGGAUAAUCGAAUUGGGGCUCUAGAAAGUAAUGCAACUCUGUGGAAGCAGUGUUGCCAACUUACCGACUUUGUCGCUGUAUUUAGCGAGUUUUCAGACCCCUCUAAGCAACACAUUUUCAAAAAAGGGUCCUGCGACAAAUCUAGCAACUUUUUCUGGUGUUAUUGGAGACUUUUGGAGACUCUGACGUGAAAGCACUUAUCAUUCUUACUCUUCUAAACGAGCAGCGGGUGCUGCCGUGGGCCCCAACCCUGUCCCAAAGCACUCACAGGCGGCCCAGUCCUCGCGCAGCAGUCCCUCCCAGCUGCAGUCAGAGCAGGAGAUGUUCACCCCUCCGCAUCCAGACUGCAAAUGAAUCGGGCAUGCGGGUACACAAAAGAAAACAAUUAACCUGAAUUAGGGACAGACUAGUCACCAUCAUUUUCUCACAUUGCCAUUGACCGUUUUUUAUAUUGUCUCUUUUUGGUCCAUUUAGAUUGUUAAUGUAGAUUUGAAUACAAUUUUUUUAUUUUUUAUGUUAUGGUUAAAAAUGUUCAUGUUUUACUGUGACUUGUUGUAGGCUACUACGUGGACCAUGAGGUUAAAAACCAAACCAAAUUAAGAAAACGAAACAAAAAAACUAAAAUGAAAACGAAGUAACUCCGCCAGAGUGUCUCUUUUGGGUCAGUUUUGCCGGUCCCAAGCCAGGAUAAAGGAGGAGGGUUGGAAUUGGGACAUAAAAAAACAAGAAUCGACAGAAGAAAGUUCAUUUGUAGUUCUAAUCAUAUUUAGGGUGUUUUUUUACUCACUUUUUGUCUCUCCCACGACAUUAUUCCUCUCUCCUACAGCGUCCAUCACAAUUUCAUGCACACAACCGAUUAUGCAAAUUAGGCAAUGACGUCAUUUAGCAACUUCUAGCAACUUUUAGGACAGCCAAUAGCUACUUUCCUUACUGAGAAGUUGGCAACACUGCGUGGAAGGUCAGUCCACUUCGCUAGCGCGUUGUCUAACACACCUUCCACGUCGUUCCCUUAUUUUCCAUAGAACGCAUAAUAGCCCCUCGUUGAUUAUCUCUUACUAUCAGUUAUUUGAGGCUUGAAUAAACCAAUGAAUCAACUGAAGUUAAUAAUAGGGUGUGCCACUUCUUCAGGUGUUAAUCAUCCCUUACCUCUGCAGGAGGAGAUGCAGGAAGCUUGCUGACCAGUGCUCUGAGGAGAAGGACAAGAGGCUCAGUUGUAAUGACAACGUUUUACUCGCUCUACAUGGAGAAUCAUUCAUAGAGAUUGUGUUAAGGCAUGGGAAGGAAAGCGGUAUUGAUGACACGUGGAAUGGGAACGAAAUCAAUAUUGAUGACAUGUGGAAUGGGAACGAAAGCAAUAUUGAUGACACGUGGAAUGGGAAAGAAAGCAAUAGGCCUGGAGAUUAUAUAAAGUGUAAAGGGUGUUGUGUUGUUGGAUAGUGACUAUGAUGAAGACAACAGAGAUGGUGUAAGAAAUAUAACAAGAGGACAAAGACAACAGAGAUGGUGUAAGAAAUAUAACAAGAGGACAAAGACAACAGAGAUGGUGUAAGAAAUAUAACAAGAGGACAAAGACAACAGAGAUGGUUAUAGAAAUAUAACAAGAGGACAAAGACA